AUGGGAGCAGAUUUGGAGACUAUUUCCGUUGAUACCAUAAGGUGUUUGGCAGCCGACAUAGUUCAAAAGGCCAAUUCGGGACAUCCUGGAGCUCCUAUGGGAUGUGCUCCUAUGGCUCAAGUCCUAUGGUCGAAAUUCAUUCGCUGCAAUCCUACAAAUCCAAAAUGGAUCAACCGUGAUCGGUUUGUACUCUCAAAUGGACACGCUUGUGCUCUUCAAUACAUCAUGCUCCACCUUCUUGGUUAUGAUUUGACCAUGGACGACUUGAUGAAGUUUCGAACCUUGAACUCAAAAACACCAGGUCAUCCAGAAGCCGGCCAUGCAACUCCUGGUAUCGAAGUGUCAACCGGUCCACUAGGACAGGGAUUCUCAAAUGCCGUUGGUAUGGCUAUGGCUCAAGCUCAUAUGGCUGCUCACUUCAACAAGCCUGGAUUUGAGGAUUUGAUUGACAACUUCACCUAUUGUAUUAUGGGUGAUGGGUGUCAUCAGGAGGGCAUAACGAGUGAAGCUGCCUCUUUGGCUGGUCACUUGCAAUUGGGAAAGCUGAUUGUCUUGUAUGAUGACAAUUUGGUCUCUAUUGAUGGUGACACGGCAAUGGGUUUCACUGAAGAUGUAUUGAAGAGAUAUGAAGCAUAUGGCUGGCACACACAAACCGUCAAGGACGGCGACGUCAGCUGCUCAUCUAUUGAGAAGGCUGUUGAAGCUGCUAAAGCAGUCACUGACAAACCAAGUAUCAUCAAAAUCAGAACCGUUAUUGGAUAUGGUUCCAAAAAUCAAGGAAAUGCUCAUAAAGUACAUGGAGCUCCAUUGGGAGAGGAUGAUAUUGUUCAUGUCAAGAAAUUGUUUGGGUUGCCUGCUGAUAAGAAGUUCUAUGUUCCUGAUGAGGUUCGAGACUUUUGGGCCAACGUUCACAAGAAGGGUGCUUCUUUGGAAUAUGCUUGGAAUGAAAGAUUAGAAGCCUACAAGAAGGCAUACCCAGACUUGGCUGGUGAAUUAAUCCGUCGAUUCUCUGGUCAACUACCAGAAGGAUGGAAGAAUGCUCUACCACGAUUCACCCCUGCUGAUCCCGCCGUCGCGUCUCGAAAGUCAUCUGAAGUUGUCUUGAACAAGUUGGCUCCCAUUAUGCCCGAAUUGAUUGGAGGUUCUGCUGAUUUGACUCCUUCUAAUUUGACACGGUGGACUGGUGCCGAGGACUUCCAACCUCCAAGCACCAAAUUGGGAACCUAUGCUGGUCGAUACAUUCGUUUUGGUGUUCGCGAACACGGAAUGGCUGCAAUUUGUAACGGAAUGUCAGCUUAUGGUGGUUUGAUUCCAUUCGGCGCUACAUUCUUGAACUUCAUCACAUAUGCAUGGGGAUCUGUACGAUUGAGUGCCAUCUCUCACCAUCAAGUCAUUUACAUCAUGACCCACGACUCUAUCGGUUUGGGUGAAGAUGGUCCUACUCACCAACCUAUUGAGACUAUGGCCGCUUUACGCGCUCUUCCAAACAUCUUGGCUAUGAGACCUGCUGAUGGCAAUGAGACCUCUGGUGCAUAUGCCGUCGCUCUUGAAAACAAGAACCGACCAUCCGUAUUGGCUCUGUCUCGUCAAAACUUGCCCGUCUUGGAAGGCUCCUCAAUAGAAGGUGUAUACAAGGGUGCCUAUGUCUUGACAUCAGACCCAUCGCCACAAGUAGUUCUCGUAUCUACUGGCUCUGAAGUAUCGAUUGCUGUAGCUGCUGGUAAACUCUUACAAGCAGAAGGCUUCAAAGUCCGAAUGGUAUCUAUGCCAUGUACUGCUCUGUUUGAUGAACAGACGGUGGAAUACAAGGAAAGCGUCUUCCCUGAUGGCGUACCAAUCGUCAGUGUUGAAGCUAUGACUACAUUUGGAUGGGCCAAGUAUGCUCAUGUGCAAAUCGGAUUGACUACUUUUGGUGCUUCUGCUCCUUAUCUGGAUGUAUACAAGUUCUUCGAAUUGGUACCAGAAAAGGUUGCAGAAAAGACAAAGAAAACCAUUGCCUUCUACCAAGGCAAACCUGUUACAUCACUGUACAGGCUACCAUUCUAA